AUGAAUUGUCGCAUUUGUAAUAAACGGCAUCAUUCACUCCUUCAUCCGAAGGGGAUUUCAACUUCAACUGCUCAUGUAAGGAACGUAGAUCAAGCAGUUGCAGCGUCCUCUGAGGAAAUUGUUGAGAUAGAGGUGGAGGCUGGUAGUUCAGCUAACGAUAUUACGUCGCAAUCGCCACAAGUAACUCUAUUCACUAAAGGAAAGGUAAAGCACCAAGUCCUCUUAGUUACAGCUUUGGUAAAAGCCGAGUCUAAGACAGGUCAAUUUCAAAUUUAUAGAGCUUUUAUAGAUCAAGGGUCUGAAUCCUCAUUCAUUACAGAGGCUACAGUACAAGGAUUAGGCCUAAAAAAGAUUCCCAUCAAGUCCACAAUAACGAUGUUAGACGAAGCAUCGGUAACGACAAGUUACAUGGUAUUAUUGAAACUCAAAUCGUUGAUAAAUCCGGAUUUCAAUGUUCAGUUGAUGGCAUAUGUGUUGCCGAAAAUCACAACGAUGCUCCCUGCACGCAAGGUAGAUGUGUCGGAAUGGCCACAUUUACAGAAUUUGGUUCUGGCUGACCCCGGUUACGGCACACCAAAUAAAAUUGAUAUUUUAUUGGGAGCAGAAGUAUAUGCCCAGAUACUGCAGGAGGGUGUAAAGAAGGGUCCUAUUGGAACUCCAAUAGCGCAGUGUACUAGUUUUGGAUGGAUCUUGUCUGGAGGUUCAGCAGAUAAUAAUGAAAAGAAAAUUGUAUUGCAUGCACAAGUGGAUACGGACAACGAAAUAAUAAAACGGUUUUGGGAGAUGGAAUCAGAACCUUUAUUAAACUCAAAAGAGAUGUUGACGAGCGAAGAACAGCGAUGUGAAGACAUCUUUGCAGCUACAACUACACGAGAUAACCUUGGCAGAUAUGUAGUUAAAUUACCAUUUCGUGACGAGAGUCCAGCCUGUAAAGAAGGAAAUUCAAGAGAAAUUGCUAUUAAGAGGUUAAAGUCACUGGAAAGGAAAUUUGCUAAAGACAAUAAUCUAAAAGAAAAGUAUACAGCGGUUGUGAAAGAAUACUUACAGUUGGACCACAUGGUGUUAGUCCCUGCGGCUAGAGAAAGUGAAAAUCAGUCUGUGUAUUUACCUCACCACGCUGUUAUAAGGGAGGAUAAGUCAACUAGCAAGGUCCGGGUGGUAUUCGACGCAUCCUGUAAAAAUGAGAAAGGUAUAUCCUUAAACGAUAGUUUAAUGGUUGGACCUACACUACAGCCGGAGUUACGUCAUCUCAUUCUGCAAUGGAGAAUGCAUCCCGUAUGUCUGAUUGCAGACAUAGUGAAGAUGUAUCGCAUGGUAAGAGUGGCUGAUCCGGACGCUGACUAUCAACGCAUUGUAUGGAGAGAUAACCAAAACGAAGAAAUACAAGAUUAUAAAUUACUAACAGUUACGUUUGGAACAGCAUCGGCACCAUAUCUUGCUGUGAAAGCACUUAAUCAGGUCGCCGUUGACCAUACGAAUGAACACCCAAUAGCAGCAAAAAGAGUUGCUAGUAGUUUUUAUAUGGAUGACCUAAUGACAGGAUGUGAAACCAUAGAAGAGGGUAUAGAACUUUAUAAAGACAUGAAGGCUCUGCUUAAGAAAGGAGGUUUUACUUUGCAAAAAUGGGCAAGUAAUAAAGAGGACGUACAGAGAACUAUAGAUUUAUAUGAGAAGGGGGAGAGAGUGCUGGAAAGGGAAGUACGGAAUCUGGAAAUAAAACAAGAUAAUAUAGUUAAGAUUUUAGGACUUACCUGGAAUAAAACGAAGGACGAGUUUCAGUACUCAGUCACAUUGCCACCUGUAUCUGCUCCUGUAACCAAAAGGAAGAUUGUAUCUGACGUCUCACGACUUUUCGAUCCUUUGGGUUGGAUCGCACCAUGCGUUAUAAAAGCAAAAAUAUUUAUUCAGCGGUUAUGGUUAGCUGGUACAGGUUGGGACGAAGACCCCUUCGAAUGCUGUCACCUUGCCGUGGUGAAGGGGCUUGCGUGCUCCAAUGACCCUCAGGGCUAUGCCGGAUAG